UAUUAAUUUGGUAGGAAACCUUAAAAUACAUAUUCUGAUCAAAUUAUUUGCCAUGUUUUGCAUUCCUAGCUUAUUAUUGAUGUAUAUAGUCUUUCUACCAAUAACAUUACCUAUUUCUAUUGUGUUAUGUUGGAAUUAUAAAUUUCAAGUAUUGUGAUUCACAUUGUAGAUCAAAUAACAUUUAAAAAAGUAAUAUUAAUCUGCAUGCACCUUUAUGUUCAAUACCUUCAAUUCCUCACUUUUAUUUGCAUGUCAAUAUAUGCUUAAUGAACCACUGUUUGGAUUAUUACGAAUGAUCAAGGAAUCUCGAUUGAUUUUACCUCCUGUUAUUAAAAUGAAGAGAUUAAUAGAAGUUAACUUGAACUAUCUACUGAAUUUGAGAUUGAUAUAGAUCUUGAUUUAAUUUCUCGCUCCAUUUUUUUAAUAUGUCAUAAGUAUCAUAAAAACAAACAGAAUCUGGAAAGAUUUAGUUUAAAUUUAUGCAAAUUACAUUGUUCCUUUUUAUAUAUGGAUCAGAAUUGAUGGCUUUGUUCGAAAUAUUAAUGAUAAAUUAGUAACAAUUCCAAUUUAUGAUCAGAUAGUUAUUAUGUUUUAAAAUUCCAUCCUGAAUGAGACAACGAAAUUAAAAAUAGAUUAGGAAUUGGAUAAAUUUAAAACGUAGUUACCUUAAUAUGCUAUAACUUAAUUUUGGAAAAACAAAACUUUAAAAGAUUAAGUAAUUUUAGAAAUCGAAUGUGGCUAUGCUACUGGUCUAUCUUACAUUGCAGAAACUUACGGUCCUCAAAGAUGCUUAGGAAUUGAUUCAUCAUAAAGUUAAAUAUUAAACAAUCAAAAGGUCUUUAAUCAUUAGAUUAAUUUAAAAUUUGAGAACAUUUCUCCAAAUGAAAUCAAAUCACUGUAUCUACCAAGUCAAGUUGAUAUGAUUAUUGGAAUUGAACUUAAUAACAAACCUGCUUUUAAAAAUAUCAAUAUGAAAAGUUAUUUGGAAUCAGCUAUAAAUUUAUUAAAGGAAGAAGGGUAUUUAAUUAUCUCUAAUUUUGACACUAAAUAAAAUCUUUCACAAUUAGAAGAGUAUCUUAACAUUGAAGGAUUAAGCAUGAUCGAAAAAUAGGAUUUCACAGUUGGAUUGGCCUAAGCGAUGCAACUGCAAAUAGCACAUAUUAAAUAACAUUAGUAAAUUUAAGGGAAUUGGAUUUCUACAUUUAUUGGGAAGAGAAUAUAACCUUAUGAAUAAAGGUUAUAAUUAUUAAAAGAUAGGCAACACAUUUAUAUGGUUUAUAUAAUGAGAAAGAGUAAUUUUUGA